AUAAAAAGGAAAUACGUAGUAGUGACGAUUGUAACUACUGCGGAUCAAGUGCUGCCGCCAAUGGCACAGUUGGAGAGACCAAUUUUUGUGACUCUGAUGCAAACAUAUCCAUUGAAGAUUUAAAUGUGCCAAUGGAUGCCAUCAAUCUAGCACAGGACCCAGCUAAAAAUAUUGAAGAAGCCUUCCACAAGCCAUAUCAGUUUUGGAGUACUCAGCCUGUACCUAAAAUUGAUGAAAAAGUUGUUUCUAAUGAACCAAUCGUGUCACCCGAGUGGCUUAAUGUGGAACCAUCAGAUUUAACAGAAAUCAGCUUACCUGAGGGCUUUAAAUGGGAUACCUUAAAUAUAAACGAGCCUUUGGUCUUGAAAGAAUUGUACACACUGCUAAAUAAAAAUUAUGUGGAAGAUGAUGAUUGCACGUUUCGCUUUAACUACCAAAUGGAUUUCCUUAAGUGGGUUCUCCAGCCCCCUGGCUAUAGACAGGAUCUACAUUGUGGCAUGCGUUUAGUCAAGUCUGGAAGGUUAGUGGGCUUUAUUUCAGCUGUCCCUGUCCAGUUAAAGAUUUAUGAUCAAGAGCAAACUGCUGUUGAAAUUAACUUCUUUUGCGUACACAAAAAACUCCGUUGUAAAAGGUUAGCCCCAUUUCUGAUGAAAGAGAUGUAUAGGAGAGUUAAAUUGAGUCAGAUAUAUCUAGCUGUUUACACGGCUGGUAUCGUGUUACCUAAACCAAUUGGUACAUGCAGCUAUUGGCUUAGAUCCCUCAACCCUAAAAAACUGAUUGAUGUUAAAUUUACUCAUCUACCAAGAAACACAACUAUGAAAAAAACUCUGACACUUUAUAAACUCCCAGAUUUGCCUAAGACGUCGGGUUUUCGGAAACUAGAGCCACGAGAUUGUGAUAAAGCAUUUCUUUUGCUAAAAAACUAUUUAAGUAAGUUUGAUUUGACUCCUAUCUUUAAUGAGGAUGAUUUUAAACAUUGGUUUACUCCACAGACAGAUAUUAUUGACAGCUUUGUUGUGGAAGCAUCAGAUGGAUCUAUCACAGACUUUGUAAGCUAUUAUACACUGCCAUUUACUAUGGUAGAUCAUCAUCCAGUACAUGAUACAAUAAAAGCCGCUUAUGCAUUUUAUAAUGUGUCAACCAAAACCUCGUGGGUAGAUUUAAUGCAUGAUGCGUUGGUAACUGCAAAGAACUCAGGGUUUGAUAUUUUCUAUGCACUGGACCUGAUGGAUAAUAAGGAGUUCUUGGAACCACUGAAAUUUCGCUCAGGUAAUGGUAACUUGCAGUACUAUCUGUAUAACUGGCGGUGUCCCAGCAUGACACCAGAUAAAAUUGGUAUAGUCCUACAAUAA